UUUAUUCUAUGUCAUCGGCGACGGCAUCGAUGGAUGCUUUUCUAUUAUUUUUUUAAACAUAAAAUGGGUUGAAAAUGAAAAAUAAACAGUAGUGGUUGUGAAAAAGUUUGAAUACAUUCAUGUGAGAAGAACUUAAAAUGUGAUCAUGGCUGCGUUUGUGACAUUAUUAGUCAUAACAUUUUGGCUCCGCUGCACAAUGGUGUAUGGAUUUGAUUUCAUAUCUCAAUAUCCCAUGCACUCAAAUGAGACAUUCCAAUUUAAUCAUCUUGCUGUCGAUAGAGUAAGUGGCCAAGUGUAUGCUGGUUCUAUAAAUUGGCUACAUCAACUCAGUCCAGACUUGAAACCUCUACACGUAAUUCGAACAGGGCCCAAACUUGAUAACCCGACGUGCCAUGCAAGUGGUUGUCCGUCGACUGAUAUACAAACUACGUUGAUUGAUAAUGUAAAUAAGAUAUUAGUAAUAGAUCAUGAAUCAAGAAUAGUUAUCGCUUGCGGAUCAGUGGCGCAAGGGUCGUGCUUCAAAUAUAAAUUGGGUGAUUUAUCGUCGAAAGCUGAUUUCGUUCCAGAAAGUGUUGCAGCCAACGAUGCGGAAGCUUCCACUUACGCAUUUAUUGGACCUGAAAGAUAUACAUCCUUGGACCGUUUUAAUGUAUUGUAUGUAGGCACUACAUUUACAAAUAAUGGAGAAUACAGACAUGACGUGCCUGCAAUAUCUAGUCGCGACCUAAUGUCAUUAGAGUUGGCGAAAUCCACUUUUUCCAAACAGAGUUCUAUUCAAAUUGAUGUGAAAUACAGAGAUAAUUUUUUAGUGCAGUAUGUAUAUGGAUUCAAUGCAAGUGACUAUGCUUAUUUCUUAAUUAUUCAAAAGCAUUCCCACCUAGCUGGAAAUGAAGAACUUGGAUAUGUGUCAAGAUUAGCUAGGACUUGUGUUAAUGACGAUAACUACAACAGCUAUACGGAAGUAACAUUAGCAUGCCACGUUAAAGAAGAAUCUAGUGAUGGUAAGAGUGAAAUUGUCAAUUAUAAUCUUGUACAAGAUGCUAAAAUUUCUAAGGCUGGAAUUAACCUUGCAACGCAAUUAGGAAUAGAACCUGGUGAUUCAAUUCUGGUAACUUCAUUUAGUCCAUCUAAAGGUAUUAGUAAUGAACCUAUGUCCAAGUCUGCCAUAUGUGUAUUUUCCUUACAAGAGAUAGAAAUUAAGUUUAAUGAAAAUGUUCAUAUGUGUUUUAACGGUAGUACUAAGGCACGUAAUAUGGGAUACAUAUCAGGGAUGAUAUCAGAUGGUAAAUGUCCCAGUGUAGGAUCAGUUGGGAAUAUACUUAACUUUUGUGAAGUAGGUUUAAAAAUAAGUGGUCUAUAUCCUAUAAAAACUAUGGCAAUAAUUAAAUGGAAUGAUACUCUUGUAACAUCUGUUACAAUGUCAGUUACUGGUCUGCAUACUGUAGCAUUCUUAGGCACCAAUAGUGGAAAUCUAAAAAAGGUGUUGAUUGAUGCAGAAAAGGCAAUACAAUAUUCUGCAGAUAUCCUUUUACCAGGCCAAAAAAUAAUGCCUGAUACAACAUUGUCCCCAUUUCAGAAAACACUUUAUGUUUUAGCUAAAAAUACAAUUAUACAAAUACCUACAGAGAAGUGUGCAGAAUAUAGCAACUGUUCCUCAUGUUUAGAAUCAAAUGACCCUCAUUGUGGUUGGUGCUCCUUAGAAAAACGAUGCACUGUACAAAAUAUGUGUCAAAAGGGAACACAAAGUGCCCCUAGGUGGCUUUCACAGUAUACAGGACAACAGUGUAUUGAUUUUGAGCAAAUUUUACCUGACCGCAUAUCUGUUAAUGAAGUCACUACUGUUCAAUUAGUAAUUCGCACAUUACCUGAAUUACCAUUUGGUGCAAAAUAUAAAUGUGUUUUUGGAAACGCACCACCAAUUGAUGCAGCUGUCACAUCAAGUGGUCUUGCUUGUCCAACUCCAGACAUUAAACACAGGCCAAAAAUUGCCCAAAAUCAAGACCAUGUAUAUGUACCAUUGUCUGUUCAUUCAUCAGAAACAAAUAAAGAUUUUGUUUCUCGAAAUUUUGCUUAUUAUGAUUGUUCUAAGCACACUACUUGCCAUUCUUGCAUAAUGAGUGAAUGGGCAUGCAAUUGGUGCAUUUAUGAUAAUAAAUGUACACAUGACAUUUCAAUAUGUCAAAGGACCAUUAUUUCUGGAGAAAACAAUCCAACAAAGCUGCUGAACCAUGGCAUUGGACAUUGUCCUAGAAUAAGGCAAUAUAAAAAACCCAUAUUAUUACCAAAUAAUGUACCGAAAGAACUAGAACUUGAAGUUGAAAAUUUGCCUCAUUUGCAACCUGGUCACACAGGUUUUCAAUGUAUCGUUAGUAUUGAAUUGGCAAAUAUGAUUUUACCAGCAAGAGUAGAGUCAAAUCAUUUUAUAGUGUGUGAUAAAACUAUGUACUCAUAUGAAGAAGAUGUUGGAGAAUAUAAUGUCAGUGUCAAAGUUUUUUGGAACCAUAAGCAUUAUAUUGAUACUAUAACAAUAACUCUGUACAAAUGUGAAAUUUUAGGAUCCCAUAGAGACCAUGCUGACUGUUCACUUUGUAUAACAAGAAACACUAUCUAUCAAUGUACAUGGUGUGGAAAUUCUUGUUCAUACAGUGAAUCUUGCCUAGAAAGCCCUGUGACUGAAUGUCCCAAGCCUCGAAUUGAUAUGAUAAAACCCCUCAGUGGUCCAGUGGAAGGUGGAACUAUUUUAACUAUUGAAGGAAGCAAUCUUGGCUUACGAGUUGAAGAAGUUACGGGUAAAGUUCGCAUUGGGGAUGUGCUUUGUGAUAUUGUAGACUUUGAGGUUUCUGUUAGUAUAACUUGUAGGACAGGUCCGUCUAAUGGAUCUGCAAUCUUACCAGUUAUUGUAGAAAAUGAUAGUGGAUAUACGGAGUCAUCUGUUUUGUUUAGCUACAAAAACAUUAAACUUCAAGGCAUCUAUCCUAAUUUGGGUCCAGUCUCAGGAGGUACUCAAUUAGCUAUAGGUGGUCAACAUCUUAAUAUAGGUUCAUCCGUAUUUGCAUAUUUAGAUGAACUUCCAUGUGCAGUUAAUAAAACACAAACUUCAAACAGCAGAUUGAUUUGCAUUACCCCAAAAGCAAAUACACCUCGAGUAAUACAUACUUUAACGGUUUCUAUAGACAAUGCAAAUCAUACUUUAUAUGGUGAUUUAUUCAAUUACAUAGCUGAUCCAACAAUAAUGGAAAUAAAACCAUUAAAGAGCUUUGUUUCUGGUGGAAGAAUGAUAACAGUUCAUGGCACUAAUUUGCAUACUAUUCAAAAACCUCUUAUGUUGUUAUACUAUGGCAAUGAAGAACUUCCCGUUAACUCCACGCCUUGUGUUGUUCUCAACUCUAAUCAAAUGGAAUGUCCCAGUCCUGCAAUUAACAAGAAGUAUUUAGAUAUAUUACAAGCCACAAAGUCACAAACAAAUACUCCCCAAAUUGCGAUGAAGGUAGGGUUUGUAAUGGAUAAUGUCGAAACAAUGCAUGAUUUAGAAAAAUAUUUUAAUCCACCAAGGACACAUAUGCUCUUUGUAGAAGAUCCACAUGUUUAUCACUUUCCUAAUAGGAUUAAAUCAUACAAAGGUGAUCCUUUAGUUAUUGAAGGAGAGAAUUUAAUAAGAGCCAGUGACGAGUCGGAUGUAGUUGUCACAAUUGGUACUCAGCCUUGCAAUGUUACAAGUCUUACAACACAACAACUUCUUUGCACACCUCCAGAAAUACAGCCGGCAAAUACAGAUGAAAAUGGAUUCCAAAUAAAUGAUAUUAAUUUACCAUUAGUGGUUGUUAAAAUUGGUAGGAAUUUAAGAUUUCCUAUAGGAUAUUUACAUUACGAAUUAUUAAGAAAUUAUAAUUUCCCCCCUGAAGCAAUUGCAGGUAUUGCGGCUGGCACAUUCUUUUUGGUUUUAAUUUUUAUGAUAGUUCUCGUAAUGUAUAGACGACGAAGUACUAAGGCUGAACGUGAAUAUAAAAGGAUUCAAAUACAAAUGGAUACACUGGAAAGCAAUGUGAGAUUAGAAUGUAAAUUAGCUUUUGCAGAAUUACAAACAGAUAUGUCUGAUUUGGCUGCAGAUCUUGAGCAUUCUGGUAUUCCAACACUUGAUCACGUAAAUUACGUCAUGAAAGUAUUUUUCCCUGGUGUAUCAGAUCACCCCAUACUCAAUGUUCAGCGUCAGUUCAUUAACACUCCAAGAACCAAUUACGAUGCUGCUAUGAUUCAAUUUGAACAGCUAUUGAACAAUAAAUGUUUCUUAUUGUCAUUCAUAGAUACGUUAGAAUCUCAAAAAUCGUUCAAUAUUAGGGAUAAGGUAAAUGUAGCAUCGUUAUUAAUGAUUAUACUUAUGAGCAAAAUGGAAUAUGCAACAGAUAUUCUUAAAUCUCUUCUAAUGCGACUUAUUGAUAAAUCAGUGUGUACAAAACAUCCGCAAUUAAUGUUACGAAGAACAGAAAGUGUUGUUGAAAAAAUGCUCACUAACUGGAUGGCCCUCUGUAUGUAUUACUAUCUUAAAGAUUACGCUGGUUCAUCACUAUUCCUAUUAUUUAAAGCGAUAAAACACCAAAUAGAAAAAGGCGUUGUUGACGCUAUAACUCAUGAAGCUAGAUAUUCGCUAUCAGAAGAGAAAUUGCUUAAAGAACAAAUUGAUUAUUCAAUUGUUACUUUACACAUAAUACAAGAUGAUUUUGAUGACAAAGUACAGUGCAAAGUGUUAGAUUGUGAUAGCAUAUCCCAAGUAAAAGCAAAGAUAUUAGAUGCAUUAUUUAAGAAUACACCAUUUAGUAUGCGUCCGUCCGUCCACGAAGUUGAUUUAGAGUGGCGACAUGGUAGAGGUGGUCAUGUCACACUCCAAGAUGAAGAUGUUACUACGAAAACUCUAAACGGUUGGCGAAAAUUAAAUACGUUAGCCCAUUAUGGUGUGAAAGAAUCGGCCAUCAUGUCCCUUAUACCAAGGCAAAAUGAUAGCUUUAACACGCCAUAUAAAAUUCCAUGUAAAAAUUGUACUGGAAUAUAUUGUACAAAUUCACACAUACGUGUUUACAAAAAUGAUAUAACCGAUCAAAAUGUGCAUUACUUUCACUUAGUAAAACCCAUUGAAUAUCAACAUAUCGUCAACAAAUCUUCAGAACAUAGUCAUAAAGCCAUCCCAGAAAUUUUCCUUACUAGAUUAUUGUCCACAAAAGGUACUGUACACAAGUUUGUCGAUGACUUUUUCGGUACCAUAUUAACCGUUAAUGAAGUACUACCCCCAGCAGUAAAAUGGUUAUUCGAUUUGUUCGAUGACGCUGCAAGAACGCACGGCAUCGUAAAUCCAGAAGUUGUUCAUGCGUGGAAAUCAAACAGUUUGCCUCUAAGGUUUUGGGUCAAUCUUAUUAAAAAUCCUGAUUUCAUUUUUGAUAUAAAUAAAACGGCAACUGUGGAUUCAUCACUAUCAGUGAUUGCUCAAACAUUUAUGGAUGCAUGCUCUCUAUCCGAACAUCGGCUUUGUAAGGAUUCUCCGUCUAAUAAAUUGUUGUUUGCAAAAGAUUUGCCAUCAUACAGGGAUAUGGUUAUCCACUUUUAUCAGGCCGUAUCACAAUUACCUCAAGUAACAGACCAAGAGUUAAGUACUUCAAUGCAACAGCUUUCAGUUGAACAGUUAAAUGAAUUUGAUACAUUAUCUGCUUUAAAAGAAUUGUACAUCUACGUUAGUAAAUAUAGAGAACAAAUUGUUUUAGGACUAGAAAAUAAAAUGCACUUAGCUCAUAAAUUAGAUAACAUAGCAUGCACUAUGGAAGGGGAUCCAACAUCCAUAUGCUGACUAUAUGAUAUUAAUGUAAGUCACGAUUUGAUUGCAUUUACAUAAUUUAUUUUAUACACUACAUAUUCUGUAAAAUAAAAGCUUUAAUUUAUUAUUAAAUACUCAGAUUUAACCCAUUUGUAAAGAAAGACUGUAAAAUACCAGUUCCGUAUUUCUAGUUAGAAUGUUAUAACUUUAAUAAUAGAAUAUUUUUUUCAGUGGAUUAUAUGAAUUACGUCUUAUUAAAAAUAAUAUUCUGUGAAGUUAAUUUGUACAUAAAAUUGCGUCAUGUUUCGAAUGAUCUAUUAUUGGCUAUUACAAAAUUAUGGUUAAGCCUUUUUAAUCUCCUAGUGGCCAUAUUUUAUUAUCUUGUGACAUUUUUAUUAGUAAGUGAAUGUAAAAUUUAUGAUAUUGUAUUAUUGAUCUCCUUUAUAUUUUGAAUGAUUUCCAAAAAUAUAUGGUCUGGCACUGAUUUUAGUAUUAUUAUUAAUGACAAGUAUAUGCUGCUAAAAUACUUAAAAUUGAUGUGUAUUUGCUAAGAUUAUAUGUGUAAAGAGAAUGUAAUUUUUAAGAAAAAUGUUGUGAUAUUUGUAUUUGGAAUAAAUAUAACGUUAUUACGAUAAAUCUAUUGUUUACUAACGUUAUAUUUUAAGCCGUAUUUGUUUAUAUGAAUAAUUUUUGCACAGAAUCUCAAUUAUGCUCACUAUUUUACUUUUCUUCUAUUAUUUAAUUUAUACUAUGGUUUCUUCAUUUUCUUUAUACGUCAUUAUUAUUCCAAUUACAAAGUAAUAUAGGUAUAGAUGUAAUUUGUUAAUAUAUAAGGCAGCGUAAAUUCACCCGUCUCUUAAAAUUUUAUAUUAUUGACUUAGAAAUAUACUUAUUUAU